CCAGUUUGUUAUGUUAUAUUGCCUCGUAUUGUUGACCUUGUUACCAGACUUGUUAUUUGUUAUGUGAUAGACACUGAGUCGCCUGCUAGCUGUCACAACACGUACAGUAAAUGUAUACAGGAUGUGGGGCAUAAGAAAUUUGAGAAAGAAGAUAUUUCUAGUCAUAGGCAUCGUGGUGGGCAUUAUGCUCUUAGAUCAGAUCUAUCUUCACAUCUGGCAGUCUACACCAAACACCCCAUUCCAACGAUCACUGCAUGUAGAUGAUGUGCGGCAAUUGCUCCGUGCUGGGGAGGAUGCAGCUAUCACAACAAUUCUCUUUGAUCCUGUCAUUCUUCAUGCCUGGAGCAGUAAUUCUCAUGUGGCUGUGUCAGGUGCAUGUAUCUUUCUGUGCCAUGUCAUAGGCCCUCUCACUUUUGCAAUCACUGCUGCUCAGCUGAGGGAUAAGCCAGCAUUCCUUUCACGACUUGCCCAACUGGGCUUCACCAUCACACUCUUUGAGACUCCCGAAGGACUACGUUCACACGUGUUCUUAAUGAGACAGGGGUCUCCGUUACAUCUGGUUGUGCUUCAUCCACAUUCUUCUGGUUUCUUAAGACAGUAUACUUUGCAAGGGCCUCCCCAUAAUGUGGCCCAAGUUAAACAGUACAUAACAAAAGAUGCUUGGAACCAGAUGAAGUUUGAUCGUGCUUAUGAGCGUUUCAGCACUGUAGAAGCCAGAAUAGAUGAUGUGGAGCUGACCAUCCCCAGUAACAUUGAUAUCUUCAUUGUUGACCACAAAAAUUCCCACUUCAUUCCUUGUAAUGAGUCCAGAGCAGCAUACUACAACCUAAAGUAUCUAAAGGAUGAAACACCAAAUGAAGUAAGAUUUAAGCACAAGGCUUGGAAGUUGUUAGCUAAAGUUAAAACCCUUCUGGAUAAACUGAAAAUUCCCUUUUGGCUCAGCAGUGGAACACUUCUAGGUUUUUACCGUCAAUGUGACAUCAUACCUUGGUCUAUGGAUGUUGACAUUGGUAUUGCCAUUGAAGACUACAGACCAAAUCUAAUAAAGGAGUUUGAAAAAAAAGGAUUAAGACUCACACAUAAGUUUGGAAAAGUGUAUGAUAGUUUGGAACUUUCUUUCAAGGAAGAGGACAUAAAAUUAGACAUAUUUUUCUUCUACACUGAAGGUGCCACCAUGUGGAAUGGAGGAACUCAGGCAAAAACAGGAAAAAAGUUCAAGUAUGUCUUUCCAGCUUUUACCAUGUGCUGGACAGACUUCCUCGAUAUUAAAGUUCGAAUUCCAUGUCAGACUGAAGAAUAUAUCAAGGCAAAUUAUGGAUUGUCAUGGUUUACUCCUGUGAAACAAUGGGACUGGAAGGCUAGUCCAGCUAACGUACGAGAAAAUGGCGAGUGGCCAGAAUCUGAAUGGUCAGAAGUCAUAGUGGUGAAUGAAACCUAGAACUCUUUUUUAUGUCACAAAGUUAAUGGUGAUACACACAUACUCUACAUCAUAGUGAAUAUUGAACUUUAAAAUAUAAGAACAUGUAAGGAAUGCUUGCACUGUACAGUACUGUAUCUUCACUUCCCAUAUACUGUAUAUAUAUAUACUGUACUGGAAACUGAUUCACUUCACAUCAGUUUCCUUCAAGUGUCUCAUUGAUUAACUAAUGCUACAUAAAGUGUUCAAUAUAAUUUGUAAAUAUUGAUUAUGUAAAGAAUUAAAAUAUUUUUCUGAACACAAACAAUGUGGUGUAUUAGUUUAAGCUUGCUUGCAUAAAGUCAUUAGUGUUAUGUCUACAUUUUGUUAAUCACUCAUAUUUCAGUAACAUCUUACUCAUUUCAAUGUACUGUAUAUAUGGCAUGUAUAGCCAGCAAGCUGGCUUGGACAGAUUGGAGAGUAUUCACCAUUUUUUAUCUCACUUAGAAAACCGAAUAACGUGAAACUCUACUCAUACGAGAGUUGUUCUACCCUAAAGUUCUAUGCUCCUGAAGUUAAUUAUAGAUACCCCAAGUAUUUGUAAAAAUUUACAGGUAAAAUAAAAGAACAUCACUUCAUGGGUACUAUAUCUUGAUUAAAAUAUUGAUAUUUUUUUGCAUCUUUUGUGUUAAAAACACACUUGUUUAGUGAAUAAUAGUACAGGACAGCAUCGGUUAUAUAAAUGAUCAUAUUUACAUCAUAAUUUUUUUAUGGAUCUCAAGUAUUUCAUCUUUGUUAAGAAUUAAUUAGUUGUUAUAAUGUAAUGUUGAUCAUAGUACAGGUAUUUAUGUUUAUCACCAACCAAUUAUGAAAAGUGCCCUGAUAAUAUUGACAAAAUGGGUCCAAUAGGCUUGUUGGCAAUGCAAAUACUGUACUGGGAACUAUAGCACAUUGAAUUCCAAGCCUUUAGUACACAAGGAAACAGAGAGGCAAGCACUGUUAAACUCUAUCAUGAAGUAUCAUUUGAGAGUGACAUCAUCAUCAUAAAUUAAAUGUUUCAUUGAUAUCAACAUCUAAUAUUUUUUUAGUAAACACGUUGCAGUAGUUUGGUGCCUUUUUAAGGAGUUCUUUAUUUAUGGAUCAUAGAGGCCUUUUCUACUCCAGUGAAAUGAUUUAAUAUCCUUCCUUUUAAUCAUGUUAGUUCUCCCAGAUAUUGAAUCUACUCUUCAAGGAUAGAUACUGAUAUAUAAGGACUCCAUAGCUCAGUUAGUAGCAUUUUGGACUGUCAACCCAUGAGACAGGUUUAACUCCAUGGCCAGGCAAGGUUAAUGGUGUCGUGUGUGCUGAUCAGGCCACUCGGCCUCAUUAAUACCUUGAGUUAAAUAUAUAAACUAUUUCUUUCACAUGAAGUAGCCAUCCAAAGGACUGAAGGAAAUGGUGUAAAUGUUUUGCAUUGUUUAUUCCCUUUUUUACGAGUCAUUUCCUGUGAUUCACUACACUCAAAUUUUCUAAAGCAUACAUUCCCUUUUUUGUAUCACAUAAAGGAACUAUAAUCAUGUUACAUCAUACAGCUUUUUUGGGGGUGAGGGAAUAAUUUUCCUUAGGACUCUAGAUGUGAGUAACUAGUAUAGGGAAUUUUUUUAAGUGACUGUGACUUGAUGUAACUACCGUAUUACCAUGUGAAGGACUGUUGGCAUUACUGUACUGUGAUCAGUUCUGCAUAAAGCAUAAAUGACAUUUCUCCUCCAACUCUGCAUGGUUGUUAGGAUGAAUUUGGCAUUUCAAAUGUACGGAGCUCAAACAUACUUAGGUAUACUGUGACACCCCUCCUGCUGUUUGUACUGAAGAAUUACCCAUAUCUAAAAUAACGGUUUACAAAGACUCAUCUUAGAAUGUUCAGUGAUUUGUCAAAUAGGUGCCUGUCCUAAUAGGUUCCAAUGUAACUGCACCCAACAAUUUAAAACUGGAACCUCGCCCUCUUGAGCCCUGAUACUCAUAUAGUUACAGUACAGUAUAUAGUACGGUGUUAGGUUAAGAUAGGUUAGGGAUUAUUAGGGCUUGAUGUUCAUUUGAUCUCCAACCAAAUUAUUCACUCUGUACCUGGACAGUGAACACCAUCACUCAAAACACUUAUUGAGUCACUUUAAAAUGAUUUUGUUGUAUUAAUUAUAAUUAUCAAGUGUCCCAAGUUGCUUUCAUUUCAGGUUUGAGUAACUUGAAAAUUAAAUAAUUGUAUAAUUAGAAACUAAAUAAUUCUCUUUAUAAAAAUUUGAAAGACUUGGAAAUAAAUUUAAUAAUUUGAUUUAAAUUUUGCAGAUUUGAUAAAAACUGAAUUGCUAUUCCAUGUUAAUAGAAGUAACUUUUUUUGUUAGAAAAAGAUAAGAAAAAAUGUACUAUUAACUCCUUUUAUACAGUGAUGUACCCCCCCAAGUACAUUAUCGUCAUAGUGAAGGGAAUACUACUUGUUAGUCAUCGUAUGCCAAGGGUUAAGAAUUUUGAUAAAAUAUUGUUACAUUAAGAAGCAUAAAUUGCAGUAUUAAGCCAUACUAUCCAAUAAAUGGCAGCUUAUAAACCUAUAAAACACAUUUUGAAUUUUCA